UUCUUCCCCCUUCUAUAUAUAGUUGGCCUUGUUUCGCUUCGCUCACUCACUAGAGGGCCCCUUCAUCACGUUCCUGGCGUGCCUUCUUUUUAGCGGGUGUUUGACUAUGAUGGUAACGGGGCAAUUCUUUCCGCGGGCUUCAACGGUGACAGAGUCGUUAUUCGACAAAAACAAAUUAGAAGGAAUGGAUAGACACAUGCCUGACAAAGAUAGAAAGGAGAUGUCGAAUGUUCCUUCCUUGGUGGACUUAUGUGUACAGACAGCCAUUGACAAUGUCAGAUAUCUUGGAGAUGUUGGGGGAGUAGGUGAGCAGUUGUUGGAACGAAUCUUACCACACUGCGAUGUUGACCAAUUAAAGCAUAUCGAGGACUGCAGUGAAGGAACAGACCUUAGCCCGUUGACGGAUUAUCUGUGGAAAAACUUCUAUCACAAGAAAUUCGGCGAGAGAAGUUUCAAUACGGUGGUUCAAAAAAUGAAAAGUAGAAAUGUAACAUUCCAAUGGAGAAAAUUGUAUGAGGCGAAGGUGAAGGACAUGGAAGAGGCUCAACAGAAGUCAAUUGAGCGAAUGAAGAAACUUUACCAAAAUGAAGAUGCUCAAAAAAAGAGCAGACAAGUUAAGCUGUGUACAAAAGUGCCACCUUCAAGCAACAAAAGAAAUUUUUACGGAGGUUGGGGUCCUGGUAGUAUCGUUGGCAGCUCAAAAAGCAACUUGAUGAAGAAGUCCAAAGUAGAUUUUCUCAAGAGCCAAGAGGUGAGGAACUUGACAGCUUUGAGGAAAAAUGUGGUGCAAAAGGAUGACAGGCCCCUGUGUAUAAGGAAGCCUGGAGGCUUUUCUUCCAAAGGUUCCGCUUCAACUUCCCAAAACAUCAAACCCUUUCAAAGAAGAUAAAAGUCGCAGUCAAAAAAUUUUCAGUUGAUCUGCCAUGAUGAAUCUCCAAAGGCUUCAUAGUAUGCUAAAAUCCAGCUGAUUAAUCCCAUCUUAUGUUGUAAUCAAGCUCAUGCUGCUCUUUUAAUACUUCACAACUCAGGAUUUCCCGUCCAUAAAGAAAUCUCAGGUUUUUUAAUUAAUUUUUCCGGGCUCGCCAAUACAAUUGUGUUCAAGUACAGCCUUUUUUGUUGAAUCUGUCUGCAUAUCACCAAAGGUUAUAAUUUUUGUAUAUAUUCUCUGAUCUGAUGGGGAUAUCAGUAAUUUUAAGUUA